AUGCCGGACGAGGAACAUCAUCUAACAUUUCGUGUCUUUUUGGAUUAUUUAGAUGAUUUUCGAAUUUUGGCAAAUUCGAAAUGUUCCGGGUUGGAAUCGUGGCAGGUUAGAGCUUGGAUAUUUGAAUUUUUUUUUGAAAAUCGACACCAUAUUUACAGCAAAAAUAUUCGUUUCAAAAUUUUUUUGAAACGUAUUUUAACGAGUUUUCUCCAAAAUAUUAAUGAUCCAAAAAACAAUCGAAAAAAAAAAGUCAAAAAAUUGUUUCAAGAUUGUCUCCUACGCAAUAUCCUUCUGUUUUUUCAUUGCCUGGUUUCGUCGUCAAACUCGAUCCACCGACCCAAUUCAAACCCAAAUCCGAAAAUCGAUAUUUGCUCUUCUCAGAUCACUUCCAUGGGUCAGAAAACGAAUAGAAAGUGAUUUAGCAAGAGCACAAAUUGAGAUUGAAGAAGAAAUUCAUCAAUUUGAUCAAAUGCGAGAAUUCUACAAAUUUCUACCUGAAAGAUGUAUGGAUAGUGAAGAUAUUCUAGCUGAUGCUAGAAGAUAUGCAAUGAUGGGAGAAAGAAGAUAUAUGCAACAUUAUGAUCCGCAAACAAAACAAGACGAUAUGCAAUUGACUGCCAAACUUUUUGAUUUGUUUUCACAUACUGAUCCACAUCGAUCUGAUGCUUUUCCAGGAGUUAGGAAAAUGGAGGCUGAGGUUGGACCUUUUUUUUGAUAACCGGAUGGAUUUUCUAUUGCUAAGAUUUUUGCAGAUCCUAAAAAUGACUUGUGCAAUGUUCCACGGUGGAAAAGAAUCAUGUGGAGUUGUUGCUGGCGGUGGAACUGAAGCUCUUCUUUUGGCAUGUUUAGCAUAUCGGAACCGUAGUCGAGCAAGAGGAGAAUAUCGAGGAGAAAUAAUUGCACCAUCCACUGCUCAUCCAGCUCUUGACAAAGCUGCUGCAUUUUUUGAUAUGACUAUUAUUAGGUAGGUAAAAUUACACGUGGAUUUUUGUGGCUAAAAUUUCAUUUUUUUUGAAUCCUCUCAUCCGAUGAAGAAAUAGAUCACCCUGUCAAAAUAUAUAAAAUUGUUGAAUUUGCAAUUUCUCACGUGACCCAAAAGAAAAAGUCUAUUUUUAGAUUUCAAAAAAAAAUCUUUCAUUUCCAGAGUUCCUGUCAACGAAGAAGAUGAUAAAGCAAAUGUUGCGGCGAUGAAAAGAGCAAUUUGCACAAAAACUUGCAUGGUAAUUUUUUCUCAAAAUUCUCCCGUAUUCCACAUAUAUAUUUUCAGAUUAUCGCCAGUGCUCCAAAUCACAUCACUGGAACCGUGGAUCCGAUUGAAAAACUGGCAAAAUUGGCUCAAAAAUAUCAUAUUCCUUUGCAUGUUGAUUGCACGCUGGGUGGAUUUGUUUUGCCAUUUAUGGAAUAUUGUGAUUAUUCAGUGCCGGCUUUUGAUUUUCGAUUGCCUGGAGUUACUUCGAUUUCGGCUGAUUUGCAUAGGGUGGGUUUAUAGAGAGGAAUAAACUGAAAAUUGAGUCUAGGCGCGGGCUCUAAACAGUUAAAGUUUCUAGCACAAAUCGGCCAAAAUCGUGAUUUCCAAUAUAAAAAAAUGUACGCUAACUUUUUACAGUAUGAAAAAUGUGAAUUUUUCAGUUUUUGUUCUCUGAAAGCUGUAAUUUUUCAGUUUUUGACCUCUAAAAACUGAAAAUCAGAAAAAAUUGUACUCUGGCCAGCCACGGAUUGGCUGAGGUGUGGUUUCUAGGCACAGCUACUUGACAUCUAGGAUCUCUAGAGAGACUUUAGGGUUAAAAAUGGAGCGUACAAUUUAUCUUUUGUAAACUCCGAUCCUAACCGAGAGCAACUUCUAAAACCAAUAUUUUUCAGUAUGGUCAGUGUCCAGGUCGUCUAUCAGUUUUAAUGUAUCGCGAACCUGUCUACCUCCGUCACCAAUUUUUCACAAAUUCUGAAUGGCCAGGCGGUUAUUAUGCGACACCAACACUUUCUGGCGGAAGAGAUGGCGGAUCUGUAGCCACGGCUUGGGCAACAAUGUUAAGAAAAGGAAGAGAUGGAUAUAUGAAUGCUUGUCAAAGAAUUAUUGAAGGAACUCGACAAUUGGCAUAUAGAUUGGAGAAUUUGGAGAAUAUCGAAUUGAAAGGUAGAGAUUUUUGUAUUUUGGAAAAAAAUACAAUUCAUUUUUUUCAGGAUCAGCUGAUGUUUGUAUUGUUGCAUUUGGAACAACUUCAAGUUCAGAUUCAGAACAUAAUAAGAAUAAUAAUAAUAUAGAUAUUUAUAAUAUUGUUGAUCGAAUGGUUGCCAAAGGUUGGCAUGUUGAUCCACUUUUAUCGCCAAUUGCAGCUCGAGUUCCGAUAACUUUAUCAAUGUGUGAAGAUGGAAUUAUAGACGCGUUUAUUGAUGAUUUGAGAGAAACUAUCGAUUUGUUGAGAAAAUCAGGAGAUUUGGCAAAGAAUGGAAAAACUGCGUCGAUGUAUCAUAUGUUGCAAAAGGUGCGUGGUUUUGGGAGGGAAAGAAGGGGAGAGUAUUUGAUUUUGAUACAAAUAUUGUCUAGUCUUAUUGGUUCAAAGCCUUCCAAGCCGCGUUGCAACCGCACGCACUCAAAAAUGUUGAUUCAGACUGUAUUUGUUAUUCAUUAUCGUGGGUUUUCCCAAAUUUAAAAGUUAUACGCUAAAUUUUUAGUGUUAACAAUGUUUCUCUUCGACUAGCUCCUAAUUUCAAAUCGAAAUUCACGAAUUUUAGUAUCUUGACAUGUUUAUUGUUUUUAAUAUAGAUGAUAAUAUGAAUAUAAUAGUAUUCCAAAAUUGUUUCACUUUUUACCAUUUUUUUGAAACGUAACAUUUGACGGUAAAUUUCGAAUUUUUUUUAGAAAAUAGAAUUUUUUCUAAUCAAGCUAAAUUCCAAUUUGAAUUAGUCGACAUAGGUUUUUUUUGUUUGAAAAGUGCAUUUUUUCUCGAAGCGUUCAACUAAUUGGAGCCUGAACUUUUUGUUUUUCUCGCCGAGAUUUGUUUUUUCUUUUUCUUCUCAUUCUCUCCAUCUAUUUUUCUAUCUGAAAAUACACCCAGAAAAAAAAACAACUAAAAUCCGAAUUUUUUACUCGAAAAAUCUCAUAUUUCUUCUCUCCUCCGAGUAUGUAUAAAAAAUAAAAUGAAAAAUAUUUUUGAACCCCAAACUAUACGAAAAAUGUGUGUAUGUUUUUUUUUUCAAUUACUUUUUUUUGACCACUGGAAAAACGAGUAAUCUUGUUCCGUUUUUUCUUUCUUUUUUUUCCCCCAUUUUUCUUCAUUUUUUCGCUUGUUUUCACUUUUUCGCCUUCCGUCAAGCUUAUCACAACAUUUUAAUUUUCUCAUUCAUUUAUUCACUUGGGAAAUUGUGUUUUUAUGAGAUUAAUUAAUUAUUUUUCUAAUUAUCUAAUUAAUUUUGUAUUUAUCUACAUUAGUCUAGGUUUUUCCAAUGCAUCUUUUUUCGUGGUCAGAAUUAUUUUUAUCAAACAAGAAAAAUGUUUUUUGGACUAUUCUUAUCUUGUUUUUGUUUUCUUGAAAUUUUUCAAUGAAAAGCCCUUUUUUUGCAGAGUUUUCCGAGAAAAUUAUCAUUAUUUUUUCAAGAGAAAAUCCUGAAAGAGGAUUAGAAAAUUGAUGGAUUUUCAUGGAAAUUUUUGAUCUAAAGUUAGCCGGGUUUUUGAGAUGUCAAACUAGAUACAAUUUGGGAGAUUUUUGAGAAAUUGGUCCAACUUUUUUUGAGGUCAAACUAGACAUAUUUUUUAUCAGUUUUUUUCGAGUAAAAAAUUAGUUUUUUCUUUGAAUUUGGAAAUUUUUCAUUCAAAAAACCUAUCGCUUAAAAAAAUUCAUGCUCCUUCCUCUUAGGUCUCACAACGAUUUUUCUGUUUUUUCACAUCUGGACAACUGAUGUCCAAAAACAUGUUUUGGUGCCAAUUUCUUUCAAAAUACACCGUGUUGUCCAUUUGUGAUUUUUGCAAACAUAAUGCUUGGCCACCGUAGAUCAAAAAAUGUUACCUUCGAAAUUAUUCUCCUCGGAAAAAUGAUUGAAAAAUGAACUGUGGCGUGUUUUUUCUCAAAUAAAAUUCGAAAUUUUGCAUCAUGUUUCUAUCAGAUUCGAAUAGAUGUUUGGUACCGAAAUACAUCAGAUAUUAUUUCCCCGUAAAUUUCCAUAUCAAAAAUUUCGGUAUGAAGUUCAACUUCAAGUUCAAACACUCAUUUAUAAAAAUGAACUUGAAAUCCAUAAAGGUUACAUCAGUCUUCUCUUUCCUUUCUUCUGAGCAUUUUCUUUUUUAUUCACUUUGUUUUUUGUUUCUUUAUCAUUUUUUCCCUCCGCCCUCUUUUUCCUUCUUUGACAAAUGAUGACUAAAUGGGUAUUUAAACCUGGCGAAGUGUCAAAAUCAGAUAUGGGUGUAUUUUUUCCACCAGAAUUUGUUUACUGGAGAUUUGUUUGGUAUCCUAAAUUUUUAUUUCACUUUGACUUUUGUUGUUAUCGUUUGCAGAGCAGAAUUUAUUGAUUAUUUUGGGUCAUUCUAGUAUUAUUUCUUUAUUGCUGAAUGACUCAUAAGUUCGGUAAAUUUUAAUUUUUUUUCUGUUUUGCAAAGUUAUUUUUGCUAGAUUUCCAACAUUUUCCAUCAUAUAACUCUUUUGUCGAAACCGUGUUUUCAAACGAAUAUUUUUUCACCCAAGAAAAUUGCAAUUUUGUCUGAGUGCUUCCAUAUGUUUCUACUUCUUCAAUUAUUCAUAGCAACUUGUUUAUUUUUAUUUAUUUUAUACACUUCUUUGUUAUUUUUAUGCCUCUUUGUCAUUCAUUUUUUCACUUUAGUUUAUUGGAUCACGGAUUUUUUGCUAUAUUUUUUUUGUAGAAAAAACUUUUUCAUUUUUAUUGAUUCUUUUAUCUGUUAUCAUAUAAAACAUAACAACAAAGUUGAAUAUAAACAAAUAUUUUUGUUUGUAUUUUUUUCUCAACAAAAAUCGAAUUUCCCCCCUUCUCAUCAUGAAUAAUUUCAAAGGAAACAAUCAAGCAUUUUUUGCAGGUUUCCGACAAAAAUUUGAUUGACGAGUUGUCUUUGUUGCGCCUCUCGGCUCAUUAUAGCAUUCCGCCGCCGGCUGAAAGAAGAAGUCUCAGGUUAGUUUUUUUUUGGGAUUUUUUUAAUGGGAAUAUUUGGUUAUGGGAUAAUUUUGAAAAUAAUUUCAAAACGAAAAAGGUUUGAAAAAAAUCCUGAUUUCAAAUUUUGAUAAUUUGGAUAAAUCUAAAAUAUGUUUGAAAGUUAUUCCAAUAAAAUUUGAAAAAAAACCUUUUGUUUUCAAAAUAAAUUAUUCACAUCAACGUAAUUUAAUUCAAUUUUUGUCCUGAAAACUUUUGAACCUGGAAAUUCUUUUUUGUUUUAAAUUCAUCAAAUAUCGUAGGUGAAGUUUUUGUUUUGUUAUUCCCAAAAUUCCGAUUUUGUUAAUUAAAAAGACGAGCAAAAGUAAACAAACAAAAAAGCUGAGAAUUUUCGAAUGUGUUUGAGAUGAAAAGUUCCGUAUAUGGGUUUUCAAGAAAUUUGAAUACCUUUCAAGUUCUAAAAAAUAUUCUGAUUUUUUUUUUCAAAUGUUUGAUAAACAAAUUAUGCUAAUUUAAUUGAAGGUUAUAGUUAUCAUAAGUAAUAGUUAGAAGGAGGGAAACUUAUAUUUUUGGAUCUACUAGAAAAAAUAUAAGUAUUGAUUUUGAAAACAAAGUUUUGCUCGUAAAAUUUCGAAAUAAAAUCAUUUUCAGAAAAUUAUAUAACAUGAUUUUCGGCGCCAAUUUUUUAUUGUGCGAAACUAGAAUAUUAAAUAAAUUUAAUUAUUGGUUCUAUUAUAUCAGUUUAUCGAAUUGUAUUCGAAAAUUAAUUUUUUAGAAGUAUUUGGCCUAGAAAAAUCAAUUUUUCAAUAAAAAAAAUGAUUUUCAUUGUUCUCUAUUAAAAAUCAUUUCUAGUUUUUUUCUCAUUUUUUCUUUCACACAGAAAAAAUGUUUCUCUCGUCUCGAAACAUAAUUAAUUACAACAACUGUUUAUUUAUUUUUUGGUGUGUAUUUAUGUAUAAACACACUUUUUUUCACAGAAAAUAGAGAAUUUUAUUGAAAAAGUGAAAAAUUUGAGGCAAUUUUUGUUUAAGGCAAAAAAUUCGCUUUUUUUGUAGAACUCUAUCGGUGGAAGGUCGAAAAUUGAGUCAAAUGGGGCAAACUGCGGAAAUGAGCAAAAAACUCGAAGAGCUCAGAAAAGGAUUUGCGCUAACUGCUGAAAAAUGA